AAUUUUGUAUACAUAGAACCGUAUAUGUAACACAAUUAAUUGAAACAUCUCUUAACUUCUAAGCACUUCUGCCUAGUUCUUUGAAACUCAAUAGGACUGUUCACAAAGUACAUAUGUACAUGUGAACUUCAUUUGUUUUUGUGGUUCAAGUUAGGCUUUUUGGUUGAAACAAUGGAAUAUAUUCUGGUUUAGGGGCCACAAAGGAUUCUGGAUCAUGGAGCCAUGGGAGAAAAAUCCUAGUGAUCCGUGGUGAAAAAGCUGAACAAGCUGUACUAUGCAGUAAAGAUAAAACUUAUGAUAUGAAAAUAGCAGAUACUUCAAAUAUGUUGCUGUUUAUUCCUGAUUGCAAAACUCCAGAACAGUUGCUUGCAGAUCAAGCACUAUGUAAUAUCAUUCACACCCAGAUUGCUGGGUUCUCCAAUAAUUACUGGGAAUUAAGGAGAUGUCGGCCUAAAUUAAAAAAACUGAGGAAGCUUCUAAUGGAAAAUCCUUAUGAAGGGCCAGACCGUGAAAGAGAGAAAGCUGUGACUGACUCAAAGUAUACAAUGGAAGACUUGCUAGAUCUGAUUCAAGCGAGCGAGGAAGAAAUAUUACAUCAGCUGAAGGUUAUAAAUGCCUGUAAAAUUGAAGGAUAUUGGAGGGUUUUAGAAUUUGAUUACGAGAUGAAACUUCUGAAUCAUGUGACUCAGCUAAUAGACUCUGAAUCUUGGUCUUUUAGCAAGGUUCCUUUAAGUAUCUGUCUUCAAGAGCUUGGACCCCUGGAGCCCAAAGAAAUGAUACAACAUAUUCUUUUAAGUUAUGGAAUGAAACAUACUGACAAAGUAGAUGAAGUCUAUUUUGAAAUGAAUGCAGACAAAAUAUGCACAGCUACAGCACAAAUGCUCUUGCAAAAUGCAGUUAAAUUCAAUCUAUCAGAAUUUCAAGAAGUAUGGCAACAAAGUGUCCCCGAAGGACUGAUAACAAGGCUGGAUCAGCUUAAGGGUUUGGCUCUGUUGGAUAGGAACUCCAGACCAGAGACUAUCUUCUUGCUAAAAGUAGAAGACUUGCCUGAAGAUAACCAGGAAAGGUUCAACAGGCUAUUUACCAUUCGGGAAAAGUGGACAGAAGCAGAUAUUGCUCCAUAUAUUCAAGACUUAUGUGCAGAGAAGCAAACAGUAGCUGCACUUCUGACCAAAUAUGCUCGUUCUUCCGUGCAGAAUGGUGUCAAAGUUUAUAACUCUAGAAGACCCAUCUAACAGGAAAGUCUUAAGAAUCAAGAAUGCAUCUAGGAAUAGUGGUGUUUAUCCCAGAAUGAUCUGUGCUUAUGUAAAAUUAUCAACUAAUAUGAAACGUCACUGUUUAGAAAGAUCUGUCAGCUGAAAAAGUGUAGUACUGUAUAUCAAAGACAAUGCAAUUUGGUUAUUUUAGAUCUUUGUCGAAAUAAUUGUUUUUCUACCAAAAGACCACACACACAUUACUGGAAUCUAGUUUCCACCACUUAAUCAGGAAGAUGUACAAAUUGGUUUGCAAUGCACUGAAUUUUGUAAUUGUUUUGCUUCUAGAAUAUUAAGACACACAGUAUCCUUAAUUUACUUGCCCUUACUGUUUAUGCAAAAUAAGUCUAAGAGGCUAGUUAAGUCCAAUAAAAAUUAUUAGAGAAAACUAUUGUUUCUACAUAUUAACAGAAUAACGUUUCCUUUCUUUUAUCCUGUAAAAACAUUACUUCUAAUGAUGAUGCUGAAUACAUUAUUUCAAAUGCAAAGUGGAAUUCUUGGUUUGUUUGCUAUAAAAACGGAACUGUCAGGCAUUCUAGUUAACAAGCAACAGUUUGAGUUCUGUAUGUAAAAUUAAGUUUGGCAUUAUAGGUGAAUUACAUUUUUCCAUUGUGCACUACGAGUCAGGACUUUGGAAAGUUCUUCUGAUUCAUGUCUUUAAAUGUGGAUAACAUCAGACUUAAGGCAUAAUUUAAUAGUAUUAGCAAAAUUGCUUUAAACUACAUAGUACCAACAAGUGUGUAAAAUCCAGGCUAAGAGGAUGCCUCAGAUUACUCAGACAUGCUAUGGACUCAGCAGCUUUUUCUGUAACAUGCCCUUCUGCACCACUGACAUAUUGCUGACAUAAAAUAACUGUUUUUGCAGAAGGCUUACUUGUAAAAAGUGAUAAAUUUAACUUUGUAGUGUUGUACUGCAUAUCAAGAAUAUACGUAAACCCUAGAAAAAUUUCUGCAACUGUUCCAUCUAAAUGUAAAUCUUUUUGAAAUGUAGAGCUGUGAAGCAUGUACUCUUUGUAAUAUUGGUAAAUUAAAUUUUGUAAAGGCUUUUUAUAGCUAGAUUUCCAUUUGUCAUUUAUUAAACCUGUGCCACCCCAGUUUGCUAUUUUAACACAGCAGAUUUGCACAGCUGUCAAUGGAAAUAUUAUGGCAGCGUGAUGGUUAAUAUGGCAGUGGGGUAAAGGGGAAUAGAGGACGAUAGAUGUUAUAAAAUAACCUAGUUUAACCCUUAAAAUAUGGUAUACCUUACCUUAAAAUUCUAAAGAUAUGUAAAAACUGAAUAAACUCCAGAACCACCUCU